GAUGAUCGUGUCUGAAUUGAAAUGAUUCGGUCAAAGUUUUAUCAACGAAGAAGACAUGCCAAUUGAAUGUUUUCGCGAGUGACGUAACCAACCGCGGUUAGAUCAUCUUACUAGCGGUUGACUGUAAUGGUUCGCGGUGUGAAGUUACAUGGUUCGAUUGAAACGUACAGUGCAGAUCAGAUGCUAGCUUUGGUAAACUGUACGGACAUUCCGGCAUAGGGAAACCCUCGUGCGACUGUACGAAUUGACAAACCGCCACGAAGCACCCCUUGACCCAGUUAAAGCCGAGAGCCCCUUUUCAGGUGCUCCUAUAACCACCGAGAACGCUACUAUAUUGUACCAGUCGAUGUAUAUAAUGAAUUCUCAUACGAGAUUGAUAGUCGCCAUUGGCAUGUUGUGCGCUAGUGUAUUCGACGACGCGUUAUCCUUCGUCCUCGAAGGUACAUCGACUAGCUACGCUCAGUUCCGCAAGUGGAACGCCGGUCUUAACGGUACCCUGGAGUUCGAGUUCAAGACGGACCAGGGUAGCGGACUCCUUCUCUACACCGACGACGGUGGCACCUACGACUUCUUCGAGAUAAAACUUGUCGAAAGUGCACUCAGACUGAGGUACAACCUCGGUGGUGGUGCGCAGAUCGUAACCGUUGGUCGGGACCUGGGCGAUGGUCAUUGGCACAAGGUCCAAGUGACCCGCAACAACGAGAACACAACCCUGACCGUUGAUGGGACCAGUUCGACGUCCACAUCCCGCGGCAAGGAGUUCGAGUUUGGAAAGCUCAACGGCAACUCCGACGUCUAUGUUGGCGGUAUGCCCAGCUGGUACAACAGCAAACUCACACUUUUGGCACUUCCGAGUGUCAUCUUUGAGCCCAGGUUCAACGGGAUUAUAAGGAACCUCGUUUACGCCGAUGGUGAGACGAUAACGUCCAGGAGGCAGGAGAUGAAGAGUCGGGACACCAAGUGUGCAGGAUAUCCAUGCGUGGAGAACAUCAGCAGUAAACGAAAACCUCCGAGGAGCUUGCGGAGCAUGAUCGUGACGAACAUAACAGACGCCUGCGAGGUUCACGAUCCGUGUCAACACGGUGGGAUUUGCAUUUCAACGGACAGCGGGCCGAUCUGCGAGUGCCGGACAGGAGACUACGAGGGUGUCUACUGCGAAAAAGAGGCAUGGAGCACAGUGCUACCGACAGCUGGCACCGACGAAUUCUGGGAGUGGGAUUACAACAAGGCACCUUCAGAAGCAACGUUCAAAGGUACGGAGUACCUAACGAUAGAUCUGAGCAAGGCUGAACCAGUCAUGAGUACUCAGGAGUCGAUCAGUAUUUACUUCAAGACGAGACAGCCUAACGGACUCUUGUUUUAUUCCGGCGAAGCAGGUGACUAUCUCACAAUAUCCCUCAAGGAUGGUGGCGCUGCGGUUGGCAUGACAUUAGCUAAUGGCAGGCUGGAUCUUCACAUUAAACCCGCUAGGGUCCGAUUCGACGAUAAUCAGUGGCACAGAAUCGUCGUACAUAGACGAGUUCAAGAGAUUUCAACGAUUACCAGCUUCUGUCGGCUCUCAGCAGUGGUUGACGGAGUUUUUGCUGAUCAUGGACACACUGCCGGAUCUUUCUCGCGACUGGCAAGUGAUCGACUCUUCGUUGGCGGAGGCGCAGAUGCCAGGUCUCUUCAUGGCGCUAAAGGCAUCAACAACUUCGUCGGUUGCCUACGAAAGGUCGAAAUUGCAGCCGAAGGUGUAAGGAUGGAGCUAAUCGAAGCUGCCAAAAGCGGAGCGGCUGGUGCAGCGGCCUGGGGUCGAAUAGAAUUCCAAUGUCAGGACCCAAAAGCCUCCGAUCCGGUCACCUUUACCACCAGAGACUCUCACCUCAAGGCCUCGCCGGUCAGCAGCAGGCGACUUCACGGAGCCUUGGUCACCUUCACCAGCCCAGAGUCCCACCUGGUUCUACCGCCGUGGAAAGCGGCCAAAUCCGGAAGCAUAUCGUUCAAAAUUCGAACAAACGAGCCGAACGGCCUCGUUAUGUACAGUAAAAGCGGAGGACACACGAGGCCGGAUUUGUUCGCCUUUGAAAUACUCGGUGGUCAUUUGUACCUACAUGUGGACCUUGGCAGUGGGCCUACAAAGGUCAGGGCGUCGCGACGUCGCGUAGAUGACAGUGCGUGGCAUGACGUCGCCCUACGUCGGGUGGAACGUGACGGUCGAUUGACCGUUGACGGUGUGACAACAGAGUUCCGAACGCCAGGCGAUUCGACGCAGCUUGAUCUCGAUGGUUUGUUGUACAUCGGAGGCGUCGGGGCGCCUUUUGCACCUUUGACUAUACCGCCGGUUUUGUGGAGCGGAUCUCUGAGACAAGGUUACGUUGGCUGUCUGAGAGAUCUUGUGAUCAACGGAAAUCCGGUUGACAUAGCCGGAUACGCGCAGCAGCAAGAUUCGGGCGCUGUGAGACCUGCUUGCCACGUUCAAUCGCCACACUGCGCAUCGGAACCAUGUAUGCACGGUGGUCAUUGCUUGGAGGGAUGGAACAGAUUUCACUGUGAUUGUACGGGGACACCGUUCACUGGACCAACUUGCGGCAAGGAUGCAUCGACGCUCCAUCUCAAUGGUACUCAACAAAUGACUGCUCUGAUGCCUGAGGAUUCGAGAACUCAAGCGGAAGAAGUCGUGGUUCGUUUUAAAACUGCAAAAUCUCAAGGCUUGCUGAUAGCAACUAGUCUUGAAAACAGUUCUGACCGUCUUCAGCUUUCCUUGGAGGAAGGCAAAGCUAAGAUGCUGAUUCAUAUAGGCGAUCGUGAAAAGAUUGUCAUGGUCGGUCAAGGGUUGAACGACGAUACUUGGCACACGUUGAAAUUCUCGAGAAGAGCGACUUCGUUAAAACUGCAGAUCAAUGACGAGCCUGCAGUACGUGCCGAGACUCUUCUUGGAAAGCAGAGCAUCCUUGAAUUCCGAACUCUACACGUAGGAGGAUACCUUCACGCCGAAUACGACACUCCGCACUUUGUCGGGCAACUCCAACAAGUCUGGUUCAACGGUUAUCCUUAUCUCGAAAUUGCCCGCAGCGCCGGAUCUCAUCAAGGUUCUCAUCAAGGAGUGACGCCGAUUAUAAGGGUGACGGGGAAAUUCGGCAAGCGAAAUCAUCCGGUUCACCAUCCCGUCACCUUCACUUCGAAACACACCUUCGUCGGGCUUCCGGUCCUCAAGGCUUACGUGGAAGCCAACGUCUACUUCCAGUUCAAGACACGCGAGGCGAACGGACUUCUUCUUUACAACGCGGGUCGUGAGCGUGACUUCAUCGCCAUCGAAUUGGUCAACGGUCACGUGCACUAUGUUUUUGACUUAGGAGACGGACCCGUUCGAAUAAAAGACACUUCCAGAUCUCGAUUGAACGACGGAAAAUGGCACGCAGUGAGCAUCGCUCGUCCAGCACCCAAGAGACAUACUCUGGCUGUCGAUGACCACGUUGCCGCGGUUAACAGUCCUGGUAGCAACGAGAACUUGGACUUGGAUGGGAUACUCUACAUAGGUGGUGUUGAAAAGUCGACGUACGGUCAGCUACCAAAGAACAUCCUUAGUCGUCAUGGCUUCGAAGGAUGUCUCGCUUCUCUUGACCUCAGUGGCGAGAGUCCUGACCUUCUGUCCGAUGCCGUGGUUCCCAGUUCUCUGGUCGAGUCAGGUUGCGAUGCGCCAAAUUCACAUCCGGGGAAAAGAUGCACUCAUGACGUUUGUGCCAAUCAUGGUACCUGCGUUCAACAGUGGAACACCUACACCUGCGAUUGUGAUAUGACCAGCUUUACUGGACCAACGUGCAACGACGAAGCAACCGCCUACGAAUUCGGAGCGGGACGUGGCCUCAUUACAUACACAUUCCCUGCUGAUCGAAGACCGGAAAUGAAGAGAGACAUGAUUGCUUUGGGCUUUGCGACCGGGAUUAGCGACGCCGUUCUCAUGCGGAUUGAAUCAGCUUCGAGCAACGAUUACUUGGAAAUUGAAAUUGUCGAAGGAAACGUGUUUGCAGUUUACAACAUGGGGACCAACGAUCAUCCGAUCGGCGAAGUUGGCGUAAAAGUUAACGACAACCAGUAUCACGUUGUCAGAUUAUCGAGAAGCGGAGCAAACAGCACCUUGCAAGUUGACGAUUAUAACUUGCAGUCUAAUCAUCCGUCUGGUCAUCAACUAACCGUGUUCAACAGCCAAGCGACUAUCCAAAUCGGUGGUCGAUGGAACCGGAGCAAAGGUCGAGUUGAACGUCCGUUUCUGGGGGUAGUUUCUGGCGUCGUUGUAAACGGUGCUCGAAUCCUGGAUCUGACCGCCGCCAGGGACCCAAGGACCUCGACUAGAGGAGACGUGCAAUUAUUACCCACCGGAAGUCUUUUGGACAGAGCUGCACCGCUACAAAGGAUGCAACAGACUCCAGCAUCCGGAUUACCGGGGGUCAUUGAUGACCUGAUUUUCUCCGGAGCCGGAAGCGGAUGCGCUGGUGACGACGAGGACGAGGAAUGCUCACCGAUAUUAGAAUCUGGUUCUGGUAAGUACGAUCUGAUAACGCCGGUUUACGUAGCGCCGACAAGGUCGCCAGUCACCCCGAAGCCGAAAGGCCCCAACAAAGAAAAUCCAGAAAGACCCUCUUGCGACGAUGAAGAAGACUGCUACGACGGUUCGGGAGGAGAUCCUCUCACAACUGAAGAAAUAUUCGUCACUGCAGCAACAGAUCCGAGCGCCGGUUCGUACACGACGCUACGUACCACUCCGACCAGUCAGUCGACGACGCAGACGCUGCCAGGGUCGCCGUCGACGCCGUCUAAGGGUGGCAUAGACGUCGUCUCGACGCAAUACGCUGGCACCACACAAUUCAACGCCACUUCACCCGGUGCUGACUCCAGCCAUGACAGCACUGUGACCCACAGAGUAACCAGCUCGACCGGAACACCCUCGCAGACGACGUCGACAACGGGUAUGAUGGAACCGCCGCCGCCGCCGCCGCCCCCGAUUUACACGCCGAUUCCAACGCAGCGUCCAGGCAUCGGCAAGGAUCCAAGGAUAAACUCGGAGGCGGCGGAAAACGCGGCUCUGAUAAUCGGGAUAAUAGCCGGAGCGCUGAUAGCGAUAGUACUGAUAAUAUUGAUAAUAUUGAAGUUCAAACACCGGCCGGAAGCGAGCUACAAGAUCGACGAGAGCAAGAACUUUUGUCAGGAUCCUAACGCCGCGCUUCUUGGUUCGGCUGCAGGCGCGGGGCAGCCUUUUAACGGAGCUUUAAAAAAUGGUGCGAGUGUUAAUAAAAAUGUUAGGAAACAGGAACUAAAGGACAUCAAGGAAUGGUACGUCUAAGGACUCCGCGUAAGAAGAUGGCUGAUUUGUUGGCGGGCCAACUAUUGCCUAGAAUA